AUGUCAAAUAAAAAAAACAUUUGCAAUAACUCAUUUAUAGAUCAUGAUAAUAAUGGUCCCUCAAAAAAAACAGAUUUACCGUUGAAUGAGUCACAGGAUUUUCUAAAUAAUGUUAUCGAAGAAUUAUGUAACGUGUAUAAUAAAGAAGUCAUAAAAGGAAAUCUUAUAGACUCAAUUCUUCACUCCAUAAAUCAACAUUUUACAAAUAAGAAGCAAAAUCCCAAAGAAAUAAUUAACUUAUGUUUAAUUAAUCAAACAAACCCUAUUUCUGAUUAA